UUAACUUUAUUUUUGGGCAAAUUCCCCAAUGGCCGUUUGUUUAUCCUUUUCCGUACUGUCAAUCCGCCGUUUGACAGAUGAAGUAAAUAAAUAAUCCUGGAGAAAGAAAGAAAAAGGCACGGAAACCAUAUGUACUGAGCCCGGUUGGUUACGGCCGGGGGAGGUAAUACUAUCCGGUUCGACGGCACUGCUCGCAGCACGAAAGCUGCACAACGCGACGCAAAUCUAAAAUACGCCCAGCCCAGCCCUCGAAGGAUACGAUCCUCAGAUUAGUGUAGGCCAUCAUCGUCCGUCGUCCUACGUCAUCGUCAUCUUGCAGUGAGGGGUUUUUGCACCUGAUUGAGCCUGAUGAUGUAAAUGAGCCGAAACGUCCCGCUUGUGUGUGUGCACCAGCGAAUGGUGUGUCUGUGUGUUGCAGUGUUUGUGUGUUCAGGAUGAAUGCACCGACGAACGGAAGCAGAGCGGACGAUAGGGCAGGCGUUGCGCGGAAUGUAGAUGCAUAAAGCAUCUGCCUGCGUCACCACCGCCAACACCUGUACGAUGUCGGUGGAACACGAUAGAAACGAGGCGAAAGUGUACUCCUGCCACCUGCCGCUAGAGACGUUUGCCGCCAGAGACGUACCAUCAUCAUCAUCAGCUACAUCAUAUAAAUCAAGGGCACAGCUUGCGAGUGGACCGCCACCCGUUUGGUGGCUAAAAAUAAACAACAAUGCACGGAGAACAUCGUUGCUGUACCCGUCGCGGUGGUUGUCGUCUGCGUUGUCGUGGCCGUGAACGUCGUCCGUUCGUAGUUAGUUACCAGCUGCAGUUGGACCCGAUCGCUGCAGCCUCUGCUUUAGCGUCCUGCGGCCGGAAACGGCAUGUUUACUGUCUUAUAUAACGGAAGUGCGUACGUGCGUGUGUGUUUGUGAAGCAGUGAUCGCGAAACAACUGUCCCGAAGGAUCCUAGUUCCGCUCCAGGCAUACGGUAAAAAAUCAAGAUGGAUAAAUCGCAGUCCGAGCCGAGUGGUUCAAAGCCACCGCCCGCUGGUAGCGUAAACGCGUCCAACAACAACAACCACAACAACGCCAGCGGAAAGGGCAAACGGCCGUUUCUCGGUUUGCUGUCGAAGCGUUCGUCACGUGUCGAGCCGCAACGCUGUUCGGAGAGUGAGGACGAACAGCAAACGAACGACAGUGGAUCGAGCUUCAGCUUGCUCGGCAAUCAUCAUACCAAUCUGCAGCAUGCGACCAAGGCAAAUCACAGCAGCAGCAACAGUAACGGUGGCACGACGGCAACCGCUACGACGACAUCGACCACCAGCAGCACCGCCAGCCAACGGCAAGAUUCGUCCAAUCCGAGCGAUACCAAUUCGUACCAGCUGCUCUCGACGUCAUCGACGACGACCACCACCACCACCACCUCCUCGACCGGGCCGGAAGGUGGCUCGACGGCGACAAAAAUCCCAACCGCGGUUCGAAAGCGAGACACUUCCUCUAACCGCAUCUCGCUUACCAAUCGGCUCAGUAGCUACGUGAGCGGAGCGGGAAACACCACAUCCAGCGGGACGGGUGGUACCGGAGCGGGCGGACAGUUUAAUCUGUGCUGUUCGAUCGACGAAGCAAUCGUGAAGUCACCACCGCGCAACCGUUACUCCCAUCCGGCACCCGCGGGCAGCUGUGCCAGUGCCGGUAGCGAUUCGUACGAUCUCGAAAUGCAGCAACGCCGGCAACAGCUGAAGCUGGAGCUGACGGCCAAAUCGAGCACCAGCUAUCCCAUCGAAAAGUCGAGCCCGUUGCGCCACCGCCGACCGCUGGAGGUCGGUCCGCGGGUUGAAACGCCACAGCACGAAGAGUACGACGUGAAUGGGCGCAGCCCGAGCGCGACCGUUUCGCUCGUCAACAACCGUGUCGUCACGAAGCCGAUCGUGUUUCGCGAAUACCAAAACCACACGCAGCGCGCAAUCAUGUCGAGCAAAUCACGGUUCAAGGAACGGUUUCUGCCACCGCUGCACCGGUGCAACAUGGACGGGUACGAGAAGAUGGAACAGCACUACAGCUCACCGAACAUCGCUGAAAAGGAGGACGAUCUGUUGCUGCCGGGCGGUUGUGAUCCGCUCGAUCAGCGCGAGUCUCGCAAAUCGAUGUCGUUCGACAUGGUAACGACGGCGGCAUCAUCAUCCGCUGGUCCCGAGGUUGGCGGCGCACUGGACGAAUCGGAAUCGAACGGUAAAGCACCACCCGGAUCGGCCGACUCACUGGCCCGCCAGGCGCUCAUGGCGGCACACGUGCUCAAUUUAAUUCCGGCGGAAAAAGCACGCCAGCGCAACUUUCUCCACGGAAGGCUCGGUUCGACAUCGCUCCUGGGCGCGUCGGAGCUGGACAAAAUACUUCCGACCCGGGAAGUAACGAUCUUUGUCGGCACUUGGAACAUGAACGGGCAAAGCCCACCGCGCCAGAUGAACGAUUUCGUGCUGCCGACCGCGCUCGAACACGUCCCGGACAUUAUCGUGUUUGGCACGCAGGAAUCCUGCUCGGAGCGGUUCGAGUGGGAGGUGACGCUGCAGGAAACGCUAGGACCGUCCCACAUACUGCUACAUUCCACCAGCCUCGGAACGCUGCACCUGGCCGCCUUCAUUCGGCGGGAUUUGAUUUGGUUUUGUUCCGAGCCGGAAGAUGCGUGUCUGUCGGUACGGCCCGGGACGGCUUUCCGUACCAAGGGUGCCGUUGCGAUCUCGUUCUGUCUGUUCGGUACGUCGUUCCUGUUCGUGACGUCCCACCUGACGGCACACCAGCAAAAGGUGAAGGAGCGUGUAUCGGACGUGAAGAAAAUCAUACACGCGCUUGACCUUCCCCGCAACUUGACGGUGAAGCACCGGAACAAGGAUGUGACGCAAAACUUUGACAGUGUGUAUUGGUGUGGGGAUUUAAACUUUCGGCUAAGUGAACCGCGCGAUAAGCUGAUGCAGUGGAUCGAAACGACACAGUUCCCGCUGCCGGCCCAUUUACCGCACGGGUUCAUGCAUACGGAUCAGCUGACGUCGGUGCUUUCGGAUGGGGCUGCAUUCCGGGGGUUCCGGGAGGCGAAGAUUACGUUCCCGCCGACGUAUAAGUACGACCCCGGAACGCAGCGUUUCGAUUCGUCCAGCAAACAGCGUGCCCCAGCGUACACCGAUCGCAUACUGUACAAAUUUAAACCGCUGCCCGUCACGACCGUUCAUCGGCGAAGCUCCAAUUUACCGCCGGGAGGUAAAAUUUCCCAUCCACCGUCACCGGUCAAAUGUCUCGCGUACGACUCGGUCCAGAGCAUAACGUCAUCCGACCACAAGCCCGUUUGGGCACUGUUCCGGAACAUUAUACGACCCGGUAUUGACACCGUACCACUCGCAGCAGGACUGUUCAAUCGGGAAGUGUACCUGGAAGGUAUGAAACGGCGCCUGGACAAUUCCGGCGCUGGCUCAUCGGCCGUGUGCAAUAUACAAUGACGCCGGUUGUUCGACCGUUAAGGUAAGGCAAAGCGCAAAGGAUAAAGGAAAUUUAAAGUGAAACGGAAAGCGGAAUUGAUCAAACGAUGCGAUUUGACAAUGUUGACUAAUGCUGGAGCUUAGUACAUUAGUAAGACACCUAUAACUUUACCGUGGGAAACGUUCUAUAAAGGAAUGAAAGGAGAGCCGAUAUACAUGCCAGGCGGCCCCCUUUACUAAUGCUGCGGCGAAACAGGGCUAGAGAGGCUAGGGUAGCAAACUUCUCACUCAAACGGAAAGCCUUAAGUGUUCCUUCUCCAUUUACUCUAGUCAUUUACAAGUGAGCGAUCGUUUGAGCAGGUGAUCGAUUCGAACUCUACUUCUAGUCAUUUACUAUUAUAUAUUACACGCUAAAGCGUAACGAGACGAGCUCAUAGAAAAUAGUGUGUGAGUGUGUGUGUGUGUGCGAUUAAAAGACGGCUAGAGGAAAAAAGUAGCAUAUAGGAGAGAUAGCAGAACUAGGCCAGCUGCUUUGAUAAAGCAUAGACCAUGGACAGACGAUUGCCAGCGACUACUAGCGAGAUGAGUUAAAAGACAAACGGAAACCUGUAGCCUUUCUCUACUGUUUUAGGUACAUUACUAGCAAUUGUGUAUACAACAUACGUACGUAUGGGAUAGUAGUAGAGCGGGUGUCUCCGUACAGUAGGGGGUUCACUAACUAAAAAUCGUUCCUCUCGUGUGGAAGGAUGGAUCAUACAUGGACUGUAGAGGCUAAAACAAACAUAUCUUAAAGCACUAGACGCAUGUCAAUUGAAAGGCAAUGGGAAGACUUUCGUUUCCGAUUAUGGUAUCAGUUUAAGCAAAUGCUUUAACAUUGUGAUCAGCAACUUACUAGUCAUCAGCAUAAGGGAGGUAUAGAAGGGAGAACAGGAGUUAUACUAGCUUGUUUUUGCUUUACCAGGAGUUUCUCAUGAUUUCACAAGAAUAACCAUAUUUUAAGCAGCUUCAGCUCAAUGCUAUGUGAGAAUGCUAUCACGUCGAAAGGCAUGUUAUCGCGAUAGUCAGAUAAUAUUGCAAUAGAAGCACAUAAUUUCACUUUCAAUUUAGUUGUAUAGUGAGCUAGAAAUAUUGUGCUAUCAGUUGUGACAUGAUCCCGUCGUGUACGUGAAACUCAACUGACGCUAUUCACUUAGCAUGUGCUGCUGUUGUCUAAAAUGUUGCUUAUCUUGCGAAAUCAAAUGAAGUCACGCAAAACCAAAGUGUUUUUUUUAUUACCCUUUUAUUUAUUUAUUUAAAUUGUAAGCAAUCGAUUGGGAAAACUUGUUCGAUCUCGAUAACAUUUAAUGAAAGUGAAGCAAUUGAUCUCGCAUCGGCGCGAUCAGCAAGUGGUGUGAUAGCUUAAGGAACAGUAAAGUAGUCCUGUAAUGUCCUGUUCCGACCAUGUGCCCGGUGUGUGUGUGUGUGCGUAUUCUAAAUACCAGGUGCAAUCGUGUUCGCCCUUACCAACAACCCAACUAUCUCGAUUGCAGAAGAAGAAGAAGAAGAAGAAGCAAAGCAUCUCGUAACACCUUUCUAACAUCUGUGCCUUUUGCUGUUUUACAAAAAUAGUUGAUGCUCCACAUCUAUUGAGCAAAAGGACCAACCAAGCGUACACCUCUACCGCUCUCUGGAACGAGGUAGUUUACUAAAGUUCAUCAUCCACACUGGAACCUUUAAUAAGAUACAGCACGAUUCCAAAAAAAAAAAAACUCAGUUCCACUAACGAUGCAUGCAUUCCUACAUACAUUCUCCCUCCAGUUGAUUUCGAAUGAAGUGGUUUAGUUUAAGUGUGGUAUGUUUAGUCAAAAACGUCAACAACUCUUUUAAGACAGUUUGCAUACACAAAGCAAUGGAUCAUAUAUAUAGCAAUUGGAAAUACUACUGUAAACAGAAUCAUAACCUACCACUUAAGUUUAGUGAAUGUGUGGUGUAAGGAUUUGCAAAUGAACCACACAGAAUUCAUUCCACCUCGUGCUGUUAACUUUUUUUUUUUGUAGUCUUAGAACAUAUGUGGACGACAAUUAGGCAGAGCGUGAUGGGCGAGCAACCACUGCUUAUCAGGCAACAGGCUACUCAAUAUUAUUAACAAAACCUACUCAACCGAGAACUGUAUCGACAUCUUCCAAGGGCGUUAUUUUAUAUAGGAAUGUAUAGAAAAGAAAACCAUCAAAAAUAGGCAGGCAGAACAAACCGAUAACAAUUUUAUAGCAUCUAAGACAACUGUACUAGCGGUCUGUAGGAAAGUGAUGGAAACCCCAGAAAACGUAUCUCAAAAACAAAACCCCGGGAAAGCUACACAGACACACAUUUUGCUCAUCUAGAAUCAGCAGUUUGGAGGUUGGCAAUGGAAGAGAAUAAAACCCAUACGACGUGUGAGCAGUGAAAAUGGUGACAUCUUUUUCACACCCCUUUUUCACACUCUUCUCUCAAUA